UUUAAUUCACGAAAAGAGAGUUUGUUUUACCUUUUGUCAGCUCAACGCGAUUUCAACGUGCGUUAAACUUUAAAAUGUCCUCCAUAGACCGUUUGGACGCUUUACGAGAGCAAAACAAAGAUCUACUGAACCAGCUGAAGCGGCAGAGAGAGAAAGUGGAGCGUCUAAGGGGCUGCAGUCAUAGCCGCAAGAGGGAGAGAGAGGACGAGGCAGAGGAGAGGAUACAGCCUGAAGACAUGGUGACGCGCAGCGGUGGAGACCGCAGUUCGGCAAGGGCCGCCCUCGCCAAACUUACCGUGAAAUUUGCGGAUACAUGUGAGAGACAAACAGGCAUCUCGCGCACUGUUUCCACACCAUCUUUGACCCCCAAACAUAAAGGAGGGAUUGCUCAACAUACAGACUCAUCAGUCAUUUUCAAAGACAGUGACAGACAUCCUCAUGUCCAGGAGAGGCUACAGGACACAAAGCCACACAGCAAUAAACCAUGUUUAGUAAAUCACAGUAAAGAACAGAGGGAGGUGCGGAGUCGAGUCACAUUUCAGUCUGACGAAUGUGAAGAGAUACCUGCCUGUGACAGGCAUCAUUUGCAGCCCUUACUUGGAUAUGACUGGAUCGCAGGAGUCCUGGAUGCUGAGGAUUCCUUGGUAGAGCGCUCUGACGAGUUCUUCAAUGACCUGCACAUGUUUCGAUCACUCCAUAAAGAUGAGUGUGUCCACAGCCCACAAGCAGAAUUUUCUGAGGCGAACCAUUCAGGGCUGCCGCUGCUAACUAACAAGGAUGACCCAGAAACUAACACAGACACUCAUCAAUGUACAUUCUCUUACAGGAUUAACAGCAGACUGUUCCCUGUCCCACUUCACUCUCAGGAGCACUGUCCUGUGUGCAAAACGCACAAAUCUUCCCACCCUCACACUACAGCUGAACCAGCUCUUAUCAGGGUCAGCAUCCCUCGCUCCACCCUCUUGCCAACUUACAAAUACAAAGCUCAUCGGCGAUGCAGCUUUGACCCUUCUGAUAGUUUGGGUUUGCCAUCGCACUGUCUCUCAGGCUGGUCGCACACAGGUCAGAGCACCCUGCCGCCACCCAGCACCCUCGAUCUGCAGAGCAGUUUGAAAACGAAGAGCUCCACAGAGUCACAGAACAAGGAACUGGAGGAUCUCUCUGUGCCCAAAGUGUCCAGUCACCAGAUCUCUGACCAGAUCCUAAAUGUGUCACGCUUGGCUCGUCACAACUUCCAACACUUUCAACCCAAACAAAACUAGGAAGCACAUCUUACCCAGUGUGCUGAAAAAUCAACCAUCAUUCAGUCUAUUUUUAAGUGAUCCUUGUAGUUCCUGCAAGCCGUUUGACACCACCCUAAAAGAUUUUCCAUUUUUAUUUACUUUUAUUUUUAACUAUGUGUUCCUGAUCGUAAAUUGAUCCUAAAUAUUAGACCAUUUGUUUUCAAGAGAAUGAAACGCUUCAUGUUAGCUUGUUUUAUGUCUAUUUAUUCAUACAUUAUGUGAAUAAAAGCACAUGACAUAGCAGCAUAUUUUAUGUUGACAGGAGUUGCAUUUUAGUUCUUCAUUUUUUCUGAGCAGAUUUAGGCUCCGCAUGUGACUGUCAGCAGCCUUGUGAAUGUGAAGCAAGAGAUCAUAACAUUACGCCACAGUGGAAAGGGAAGACAUUUAGCACGUUUAGAGCACAUAUAGAGUUCGCCUUGUAAAUUUCACAACAAUAAGGGAAUUAUUUUGAAUCAUCUGUUGCUCAGAAGUACCAGUUUGUUUUUCCCUUUCCAGCUGUUUUCUUUGGCUCCCAGGCUCAUGUAUACUUCUGUUUUUAACUUCCUUUGUGACUUCCUCAGUGUGGGGCUGUGAACAUGAAGACACAAGGGCAGUAGGUACUAUACAGAUUUCAAAGGAAACCACAACCACCUAUACAGUAGCCACCCUUCCUAUGACAUUACUUUUGUGCUAAGCAGGCUAAUGUAUUUGAGAGGUUAGAUAGUACAUAAAAUGUAUCAAGUUGUGUUCAAUAAAAUCAAUAAAAAUGAUAAAUGGAAUUAAUUGAAAGUAAAGGAAACCAUCUCAUUUCCUUUACUUCCUUUUAAUUAUUUUUUUUCACAAUGAGUUCUUUGUGUCUUGUGUGUUGAAGUUACAGUACUUUGAUGUUUUAUGGCACAAACAACUUUUCAAAGCAAACCAACAUCUAUCAUCUGUACAUUGUUAUCUGAUUGUUGAUAGUUAUGUUAGAGCUUGGUUGCUGUGAUACCAGAGUGAGGCUUUGUUAAGGUCUGACUUUAAAUCGCUCCAGAUUAACACGCUAAAACUCAUUUAAUAUAACAGACAAAAACAUAUUGAGCACAAUGAACAAAAGGGCUGCUACAACUGUGCAUGAGUACCAGAGAAAUGUUCAGGAUGUGGGAGGGGAAACUUUGUUAUGAAAUGUCAGCAGCUCACGCAGGAACAAACUAUGUAAAGCACAUGGGCAUUUAACUGGGCACACUUAAAGUGGGCUUUAGUGCCUUGCUCAGGAACACUUCACCAAUGACAGUCACAGAGCUUAACCAGGGUUUCUGGUUGAAACAACAUUUCUGUUAUCACAAAUGUAACUUUCAGCUACGGUAUCCUGCCACAGUUUAGAAACCCAGCAGCAUGAAUCAAUUCUCCUAAAAACAGUAAAUUAGGUUGAUGUCCUGAAUAUUCAAACUCUGCGAUAUCUAAAAUGAUAUAUAUCUGCAAACCAAGCUGGGGUCUGUGAGGCUACACUGAAUCUGGACUUGUCUGUUUAUAAACACGAAGAGAAAAUCUCAGUGUUUCCACUUCCUCUAUUGGGGUUAUUUCUAUUUUACACUUACAUAUAACUAAUAUAUUAUUUUAUGAAUGAGAUGAUUUUUAAUGUAGGGGGUUUCCAUUUUGAAUUCCAGAAGUGGGACCUGUACUUUUGUACUGUAUACUACAGGUUUUGCAAAAAUACCAACUGACCAAAUGUUGGACUUUCCAGACUGAAAACCCUUGACCAUAGAAACAUGUUCUCCAUUUAAGGAAGUAAUGAUGUGCCUUAUUGACAGCAGACAUUUUCAAAUGUCACAGAGGAAAAGCACAGGUGAAAUCAAUAACAUUAAUGAUGACAGUGUCCCAUUGAAAUUGGCAGUCUGGGGCCCCUACUAUUGUUUUUUUGUUAUGGUUCACUGGGACACUGACUACAACUGAGCCAUCGUUAAUAUUAUUAGAUCCACCUGUGCUUUUCCGGCAUGUGCAAAUGGCUCCUGUGAUAAAGUCCUUUGGGCUGCACCAGUGAUGAUUUAGGUGUGUCCUAUUACAGGGAAGAUAUACUUUGUAUUUGAUCUUUAAAAAUAAAUUCAGGAAUCUGUCUU